CUAUCUCAUUCUCAUCACCUACCUAACGAAAAACCUAACCCUCUGUCGCUCCAUCAGAGAGUGACAUUAUUGACUCAACGGAAACUACCUGGAAGACCCGCGCGCAGUCAGUAGCUGCUAGCUGCAUCACAAAUAAUUGAGCAGUAUACUGAACAAUGGACUUCAGGAGCAACGACGACCUCGUCAUGCCGCCGCCGCCGCCGCCCUGCGGCCAUGGCUGGGAGAUGAUGGAGGCCAUGAGGAGGCAGCAGGAGCUCGUGAUGCAGCUCCGGGCGCUCGUCCUCCCGCUGCUCGUCCACGGCGCCAUGGAUGGUGGUGGCGGUGGCGCCCCCUCGGCAGCCGACAUCGCCGUCCAGCUCUUCGACGACGUGAUCGGCUGCAACAUAGGCGUGGUGUCCACGCUCGAGGGCUGCAUCCUCAGCACCGGCGGAGGCGGGCCUUCGGUAGAGUCCGUCGACGACAAGUCGUUGGUGAUGAGGAAUAAUAGCGCUCCUGCUAGUAAUAACGGCGAGAAGGCGGAGAAGCAGGCGCGAUUGGCGGCGAAUUCGAAGCAGCUGAAUAGCGUCGUCGUUGGUCAGAAGAGAAGGAGGAACAACGACAAGCGAUCAAGGUCCCUUGUUACGCAUGUUCCACACUACGACGGCCACCUGUGGAGAAAGUAUGGGCAGAAGAACAUCAAUGGGAGGAAACAUCCUAGGAGCUACUACAGAUGCGCGUACAGGGAACGGAACUGCUUAGCAACAAAGACAGUUGAGGAGCAGGAGCCAAAUGCCGACGACGGUAACAGUAGCAGCAGCGCCAUGGCCGGCGAGGAAAGCCCAAAGUACACUGUCGUGUACUACGGCGACCACACUUGCAACGACCAUAUUAUUCAUGCCGUCAGCACGGUCCAGCUUCCCCAACUUGUUGCAAGUGUGGAUCUUGGUCAGGGCACGGAAAUGGAUCAAACGACGGCAACACGUGCAGGUGGUGUUCAAGAGUCUGACGAGGCAGAUCACUUGGACUUGCCAGCUUUGCUAGAGGUGUUUGAUAGCUCUCUCGUUGAUUGGGAGGCACUAUACCACAGCCCCAACGUAGCCACUCAUUCAUAGUUCCCUCUCUGACUGAAGUGGGAGGCGACUGAUGAUGGUUACUAUACUUUGCUAGAGAUUUUGUAUACCAGGCGGACAGUGCAUCGGCAACCCUCUAUGUUUAGCGUCUGUUGUUCGACGCUACUUUGGUGUUGUAGUAUAGUGAGGAUAUUGGAAUUUGGAAUAUGUGAUGUAGAAAUCUAGUUUUUGCACCAUGAGAUCAUGCAUGCUGCUAAGCACAAGGUUCUUCUCAGUAGUACACUGCUGGGAAGAUCAGAAUGUUUUUUACUACCCAAUCAAUAUAGAUUGAAUGUUACAAACA